CCGACGACAGAGCAAAGAGGUGUGCGGAUGGCAUGCAGCGGCCAGGUGUUAUCUGAGGCGGAGAUCCAGGAAAAGCUCAGCGGUCUGGAAGGCUGGCAGAUCAGUGCUGAGGGGCGCCUCUCCCGGCGCUAUGACUGGCCCAAGAAGAAGAAGGACUCAUUCGCGAGGGCCAAGGCAUUCAUCGACAAAGUCAGCGAGGUGGCGGAGGGCAGAAACCAUCAUCCAGAGCUGCACUUUGGGUGGGGCUAUGCUGUCAUGGAGUUCUACACCCACACGGUCAAUGGCAUCACCUCGACUGACUUCGAGAUGGCAAUUUUAGUGGAGAGCGAGACGAAAGACCUGCAGGCCAAGUGACUGCUUCCAUCGUGAAGCUAUCGCCCUCUCGACGAGUCAGUGAGCCAGUGUGGAGUAGUCAUAGGAGCACAGUGGCUGCCUGCACUCCAUGACCACCUCCACGCACAGCAAGGAGAGGCACAAGAACAGACACAGAGAGCUGAGGAGGCAUGCAUCGACGUCGUGUCGUCUUGUUCGGCUCUGCUUCCUGGAGAUGCGGCAUGUCAGGCACAUCGGUAGUGCAGCCUCUUCGGGUGCGCUGCUCGUGUGCCCGAGAUGGACGACCACCAGAAGACAGAACAUGAGACCAGAUGACAGCAGACAGAACAAGAGAGAAGAGCAGGGCAAGGAGGGAAACAAGUGCGAUAGACAGGCAAGGCGCAAACAGCCUACAGUGCCAGCAACAGUUGCUGUGCCUUGGACUAUGUCAUACCGAGCCAUACUGACGUCCCGUCCGUUACAAUACGUGCUUAUCUCU